CGCUCGAGCUCGAAAUCUGAACGAGAUGGAUGUCAAUUUCAGGAUCGGGGAAUGUUUUACGACGUAUAAAGACCUGGAAGAGAAGCUCAAAAGAUUUGUAAGAAGUUCAUGGUCUCCGCUGUACAUCAGGGAAUCUAGAAAGAUCACAUGUACUCGUCGGGCUCCCAACAAGGUCGUGAAUGAGAGUCUUGUCUACGGCGACUUGAGGUAUUGUUGUAUACAUGGAGGUAGAAGUGGAGAUGCUCAAAAUCGCAAGAGCACCAAUCAAAUGUCAUGCCCAUUCAUGAUGACUCUCAGAGCGGAUGCUGACGGUCGUUACCUAAGGGUCACCAAGGCCAUUCUUGAGCACAAUCAUCCCGUCUCAAAGGAAAUAUAUGAUCAACUACCGCGAAGGUUUCGCAUCAGAUUCGAUCCUGAGGCUCUCCCAACCCCUGCUUCGAGGCACAAGGCCAAGAAGAAGCUGAAUAGACACCCUUAUUCAAUGAAACGAGAAGAGGUUGUAAAGACGGAGCAACCUAUAUUGCCGAAGCCAGAUAACAAUAAUAUUGCAGCUAACUCAAUUCACAUGAACAAUCGUGGAUUGUCCAACCACAGUGUACCAAACCAUGUGUUACCUAAUCACGGGCUUCCCAACCAGGGGUUAGUGAACCACGGGAUAGCCAACCACAUCAUCCUCGACACCAUCUCGGAAGCGCCACGUUACCCGGUCCCAGCACCCUCCAACGAAUGCCACAAUUCAUGGAGCGACGAGCUCGAAGGGAUGCUUCCCCCGAAGAAGCGACGGACAAGCAUUUCAAACGAGGACUUACACGAAACCCUGGUGUCGCAAGCGCAGCAGCAAGUUGAGCGCGAGAAGGAUUCCGAUGAGGUGCGUGGAGCGCUUCUAACCUACCUUAGGAGACAUAACGAACAGGAUGAGGAGGAUAGAUUUUUCUUGAGCAUGGCAGCUAUCGUCAGGACUUUACCGAGUGACGUUCGAGCGACGCUGAAGUUUCGCAUACAUCACAUGAUAUUUGAUGCCCAAAUGGAUAACAUGUCACAGACGACAUAGCACAUACUAGAAUUGCCUCUUAAUCUCAGCUGCAGUUUUUUUUUAUUCAAAUGUGGUAUUAAUGGCCCGAAGAAAUGAAGGUGAUAUUGUUAACCUGGUGUCAAUCCAUGGUUAAUGCGGAUUUUAUCCUCAUUUACACUUAAUUCAGCAGGUAUAUUGAAAAGUGUCCAAUAUGAAUGCAUGCUUUGGUCAAGUGGAGCUAAACUAGCACUUGUUACUAUCAUAAUUUUUUGUGUUAAUAAGUCAAAACAAAUAGCAAACUCAUUUAUUAACGAUCUUCAGUAGAUUCGGUAAUGGCAUAAACUUUUAUUUGGAUAUGUGAUAAAAGCGCACAGCCAUUACUGGACACUUUCUUAAAAUACCAGCUGAAUUAGCGUAUCAAGGCAUAGAAUCUGCGUACCUUAAACAAAUGGGUUGAAACCACAGAUUCAAACCCACCUUGUGAAUUUGAGCUAAUGUGUUUACAUGAAUAUACAUGUAUCUGGAGGUAUAUUUUACUUACUUGUACAACUCAUUUUUAGUGGAGAGAUAUUACUUUCUUCUUUUAAACAAAAUCCAUGUAUAUUUUUAUUCUUUUUGGGGGGUUUGACAGGUACCCAUGGAAAAGAUGAAAAUUAAAAUGAGACUGUUUCUAUGAUUUGCCAAAUUACACCUUUCAUCAGCUAUUUUUUCUUUAUUAACCUUCUUUACUGGCUGUUUUUUGAGAAAUAUCGAGAAAUAUCUUUAUGGAAUAAGGUAUGGUUAAUAAUUUACAGAGUCAUUGAUUUUUGGGGAGCAAUAAUAUGUCUCUAGAUUUAGUGUGCAAUUCCAAAGUGAUUAAGGUGGAGAUAGUAUUAGAUGAGAAAUAGAUUGUCAGAUUCAUCACUAAAUCUAAUUGUGACACAAAAAGAAGAUGUUCCCUUUGAGUAAAAAAUGUUGUAACCUUUCAAGGAAACAGUAAAAUAAACUUGUGUUCGUACAGCUGUUUACAAAAUUAAGGUGAUCUAGCAAAAUCAUGAAGCUCAUAUUAAAGGGAGAAAUGUCACUUCUUAAAAGUUAUACAGUCACAUUCUGUUUCUGGUGAAUAAGCCAGUUCGGAGUUACAUUCUGCGCACGAUCAGAAGAAGGUCAUUUGUACUAAAGUGAUAUAGCGGUUUAAUAUCAGAUAAGAUAAUGAGAUAAGCACCAACUCAGAUGUCUUGAUUAUUCAUAUUUUCUUUUGAAUUGGGUUUUUCAUUAGAUCCACAAAAAACAACUAUGCGUCCAUUAGCGACUGGUAUUUUACAGUUGGCCAAAUACAUGCAUUCAAGGAAAAAAUGCAACAAAUAUAUUCAUAGAGUGUUCUUUGUGUGCUAUUUUAGUCACCUGCCUGGUCUAUGCAAUUUCUUCAUCCUGCCUAUGUAAGGCAUGCUAACAUAUUAUCUUGCUUUGAAAUCUGCCUACCGUAUCAUAAUGAAAGAAACGGAAGGUCAUUUGACCAAAAUUGCCCAUGAGGUAACUCCGAACUGGUCUAUUGAUGCGUAAUGUCAUUCAUCGUUAGAACCCAACUCGACAGCCGUGUUCAGCACAGACUAUAUUGCAUUUGCCCAAUGUGAUAUCCAAUGCCCCACUCCAGUUUAUUUAGGGACUUCCGCACAGCAUUGAAUUGAAUGCAAGUUUUCUUUUGUGCAACGCCCUAUAGGACUUCUACCUCUUUAUUACUUGUAAGCUUUCUUGCGAUGUUUUUCACUGCCAUGUUAUUGAAGCCUCCUAAAAUCCAGAAAGAUGCAUACAUAUCACAUAUAUGAACUAUCAUGCAAUAAGUUUCCUCUUCGCUUGAAUUUCCUGGAAUUAUUUAAUUGACAUUCAACUCCUGAAUCGGGGCUGUGGUUAAAAACAAAUGUAUGUUUUGUUGUAACCUUUGUUGAUACUAAGUUAUGAAAUCUAUUGUAAGUUCAUGGAACAUAUGAUUUGAUUCAUGUUAGUAUCAAUAUUAUCAUGCCAUUCUUUCACUGGUUUAUCAGCAACGUAUUGUGUGAACAAGAUGAAGAUAAUCAUUAAGCCAAGCCAUAACAAAAUAAGUAUAUUUUGUAUGAUAUAGGUUCAUUUUCUUGAAGAAUUUGUGCCAAAAUAUGAUAUAUUGAAACCACAAAAUGAAGAUUUAUUAUAUCCUGGGAUGUACAUGUAAUAUGAAGCUCUAUGUUAGUUAGACAUGACGUUCAAGUAAGCUCUGGUUUAAAGUUUUGGUUUAACUAUGGAUAGCCAAUAGUGGCACAAAUCUCUAACAUGAUAAUUUCAAUGUAUCUGCUCAUUUUUCUCUCAAAUCUUUCUUAACUGUUUCAGGAGGAUCAAUUAGAUAGCUUUCUUCAACAUUCAUGAGUGAGGAAAGUGCACAGUACACAAAAGAAACAUACAAUGUGAUUUUGACAUUAUUGGCUCUCCAUAAUUUUAGCACAGAGUUAGACAUGGUCUAAGUUAAACCCGACUUCUGAAUACAGGCCAAUGAGUUUAGGGUCUCCUGUGUCUCCUCUGGUGACUAUGAAAACCAGGGUCCCGUCUUACAAAGAGUUGCGAUUGAUCCGAUCAACCGCAACUAUGGACGGCCAGCAACGUCAACAUGUAUUAUGCAUGCUUGUUCAAAAUAUUUUCUAGCUAUGAUGUAUAUUCAUGCAUGCUUUGUUUUCUUAAAGAUGCACUGUGCUUCUCUUUGUUUUCAAAGGACAGUGUGCAAAUUUUCUGUAGAAAAUUUUAUGACACUGAUGGAUUUCCAUAGAGUUGCGACUGAUUUGAUCAAUCGUAACUCUUCGUCAGACAGGCCCCUGAUCAAUCUCAACUAUAUGGAAAUCCAUCAUUUGUCAUGAGCUUUCUGUACAAGAAAUAUGCACAAUGUACUCUUGUAAACAGAGAGGAGCAUAUUGAAUCAAUAAAAAGAUGAACGUAGGAGUAUACAUCAUAUCUAGAAAAUAUUUUGAACAAAAUUCAUGAUAAAUGUAUUCAUAACGGAUAUAGCGGACAAGUAAAAUUUUGGGGUGGCUCCAUCCGUUUUCAUCUGCUCCAGACAAUGGACAAAAUGGGGAACAAUGAAAUCACAGUGGACGGGUGCUCCAUGGAUAUAGAGCGUAUGAAACACGUAUGCAAAGAGUACACAACGAAUACAUAACGUUUUCCAACGGAUGGCAAGAUUCUUUUCCGUUUUACAUCCUGUCUGCAUCCGUAAGUGCAGUGGGACCAAGCCUUUAGAUGUUUCAAGUAGAAAAACUACUUAAAUUAACCAACCCAGAGCUGAACGAUGUCUACUCGUAAUAUUGAUUCAGAUUUGUAAGCUUGGUGUUUAUACAUGUAUAUAGGACUUUGCAGCUGCUGUUGUACAGAGAAUACAUAAAAUGUGUUAUUUAUAUUGUUUGGGGUCUGCAUUUUGUACGAUGUCUCUCAAAUACUGUACAAUGCCCAUUUUAAGGAAAAAUGUCUAUUUGUAUUUUCAUUAUUUUAUUUUUGACGUUAUUAAUAUUAAGAGAAUCACGUCCAUCAGCUCCUUUGUAUGUUUUGUAUCCAUCUCAUACUCCAUCACCCCCCCCCCCGUCAUGCUCUUUCACAUCCCAUCAUCUAUACUCUCUAUCUCUCUCUUCCUUUUUUUUUGUUUCUUUUUCACUUUUCUCUCUCUCUGUCUCCCACUCUCGCUCUCCAUCCUCAUUUAUCACCCCUUCUCCUUUUAGCUAGUACAUUUCCUUCUCUAUUUCUCUGCCCUUUUUUUGUGUGUCUUCCCUCUAAAGGCCACCGCACACCUUACGAUUGUUCACGAUCCGAUUUGGAACAAAUCGCAUUCUGCUAAUUUUCUGAAAAUUUGAAUGGAACAUAUCAUUUUAUUUGAGGUUAAAAUUGAUUAAAAGAAUACUAAUAUAACCAUUUUGAAAGAUUGCAAGCCUUUUAUUUUGGAGUAAAGGCCAAAUUGGUUUCAAAUCGUAGCCAAUCGUACGACUGUUAUGACGUCAUUACGACUAGAUAUUAAAUUCGCUUUUAUUCCAAGAAGGAUGAUAGCAUAGUCACGGAUUUGAAUAUAGGUAUUCUUACGAUGAUUUCGAACAUUACACAUCAAGAUAUUCCAAGCCUCCAUAUUAGCAUCAAUUUCUACUACGUUUUAUUACAAAAUCGGGUCGCAGAAUAAUCGUAAGGUGUGCGGUCGCCUUUACUACACUGCAACCCCUUUCACUUCCCCCGCUCCUUGUAAAGUUGUGUAAAUAUAUGAUAUAUACUUGUUUUAAAUUGUCUGCAAGAACAAUCAAUUCGCAAUUCACUGCCAAUCGAUAGAAUGCUUAGAUUUUAUCAUGAUCUUAUAUGCAUGUCUUUUUCUGGUACUUUUUUUAUCCCUGGAAUGGUUUCAUGAAGGUACACGUGAAGGGUCACUUUGAAUGAUAAUGACAUGCUUAUGUAAAGCUAGAGAGAAUAUUUUAAUAAAUUGUAAUUCAAAUUGUAGGUGUGUUAUUACUCCAGGCAUAUGUGUAAGAAACAUUCAGGGCACACGUGAGUAAUUCAUCCCCACGCAAUGCAUUCUGGGCAGGCGUAAGCAACGAUCACAGGACUGUCAUGUGAUCUUUACUUAUGCCUGUUCAAAAAUAAUACAUCAAAAUUAGACAAAAUGAUUGUAUAUCAAAUCAUAAAUGGUAAAAUCAAUUCUAUGUUCAUAUUCUUUCAUAAUUGGGCCUUUAGAGAUGCUAGGCUGCAUUCUUGUAUCCACAGUAUUUGAAUUAUUGUUGUCGGCAAAGCAGUUCCGGUUUUUCUCGCUGUAAGCUGACCUAAAUUAUGGUCAGUCUUGUUUCAGGUCAUAUAACUUUUCUUUCAGCUGGACAAGAACCCGAUAUACCCACCUAUUUUGAUUUACUUUAUAUUUUGAUUAAUGUCAUUGAAAUAAAACUAAAUCUAUGGA